CUUUCCACGCCGGAAAAACCUCUCUCUCUCUAAAACUCCCAAAAAACAAAACCCCGUUUGCCAAAAAAAGCAACGGUCCUUGGGAUUCUUCUUGGAACCAAAAUCCAAACCCUAGAGAGAGAGAGAGAGAGAGAGAGAGAGAGAGAGAGAGAGAUUCAACGUUUUGUUGUCCCUUCGUUUUCUCACCGGCCAAACACUCUUCUAACAAGACCGCCGAGAUUUGUCGUCUUUCAAUUCAAAUUGAAAAAAUUCGAAACUUUUUCGAAUGACCAGAUUGAUCUGAAGGGGGGGAAAAGGGAUUGAAAUGGGGGCGGUGACGUCAUCAAUGGCGGCGAAGUUCGCGUUUUUUCCGCCGAGCCCGCCGUCGUACGGAUUGGAGGAGGAGGAGACCGGGAAGCUGAGGAUGACCGGGGUGGCUACCAAGGAAAACGUCGACGUUUUGAAGCUCUUGACCAAGCGAGGAAACAACGUCGUUGCGGUGCAUAUUAAGAACCCGUUGGCGUCGCUUACCUUGCUAUAUUCGCACGGCAACGCCGCUGAUCUGGGUCAGAUGUACGAGUUGUUUAGUGAGCUGAGUCUUCAUCUCCGAGUCAACUUGUUGGGAUAUGAUUAUUCGGGAUAUGGACAGUCUUCUGGGAAGCCUAGUGAACAGAACACUUAUGCCGAUAUUGAAGCUGCGUAUAGAUGCCUUGUGGAGAGGUAUGGGGCAAAGGAGGAGGAUAUUAUCUUAUAUGGGCAAUCAGUUGGUAGUGGACCCACUCUAGAUUUGGCUACUAGAUUACCAAGAUUGAGGGCUCUGGUUCUCCACAGUCCCAUCAUGUCUGGCCUCCGAGUCAUGUAUCCCGUGAAACGGACAUAUUGGUUUGACAUUUAUAAGAACAUUGACAAAAUACCCUUUGUUAAUUGUCCGGUUCUGGUGAUUCACGGAACUGCUGAUGAUGUGGUGGAUUGGUCCCAUGGCAAGCAACUUUGGGAGCUCUGUAAGGAGAAGUAUGAACCAUUAUGGGUUAAAGGAGGAAAUCAUUGUGACUUGGAGCUUUACCCACAGUACAUAAAGCAUCUCAAGAAGUUCAUAUCGGCCAUUGAGAAAUAUCCGCAACUGAGAACUGGAUCUGGGAAAAUUACAGAACCAUCAGAACUCCCCCGAAACAGCACAGAUGUUAGAGAGAAAUCUAGAUCCAGCACAGAUCGGAGAGACAAGUCUAGGCCAAGUAUUGAACAAAGAGAGAAGCCUAGAAUAAGCAUGGACCGCAGAGAGAAGUCGACAGCCAGCACCGAUAAGAGAGAGAGAUCAAGAAAGAGAGUGGACCGUCCUGACAAAGCAAAUAACAACUUAGACCCACCGGAGAGAGCGAGGAACAGCAUUGACCGGUUUGGUUCCAUGGUGAGAUCAGUUGGAUUAUGCAAUAUAGACUGUUUCAAGCCAACAGCAACUGCUGUUUGAAGAAAGACAAGAGACCAGUUCGCAUUACGGUGUACUUUAAUUUAUAUGAUUGGUUAUUGUGGCCGUGGGAAAAUGCCAUGUUUUCAUUUUCUAUACGGGGGGAAAAAAGAAAGGAAAUUUAAUUAUCAAAGCAAAAUUGUGCAUCACAAUUUGGCAUUUUCCAACUUAAUAAAUCUAACCCUGCUCCGCUCUCUUCUCAAAUGUGCAUACCCCAAGUUAUUAGUG